AUGGAUUCGGCCAACAUGGACACCGGCGACGGCUCCCCUUGCGACGAGCUCUACGUUAGCCCGACUUGCUUUAUUCAGACCCCGGAAAGCAGGUUUGGCGCCGGUGUUCUCGAUGAUCUGAAAACGUUCAUUGCUCACGGGCCAUAUGAACUCGAGGUUGCCCUGACGGACGCGGGGUCCGACGAAGAAGCGGACGGGCCAGAUGUGGAAAUCACCGAGGAAAGCGAGACGACGUAUAGUUGGCAAGUCGCCUUUGACGGAAGCCUCGAGACAGAUCCGAACCAUGCUCAGCACGGCUUCCCAAGGAUUGCAACCACGAGAAACAACCUGACGGCCCUUUCCCAGCGAUUCAAUCUCUAUUUCGCGGCGUACCAAGAUAGGAUUUACGUCUACCAACCACGAAGGACCGGGUCUCAGAUUCUCCAGUCACCCUCCGUCAUUCUUCACCCACGACAGUCUAAGCUCGGCGAACAAGUCGGAGGAACGUUGGAUUCGCAUUUUCCACAUCAGGUCAAUAACAUAGUGGUCGGAAAUCUUGGAGACUUUGAGGUUGUUCUGCUCGCCUACGAUGACGGCGACGUGAUUGCGUACUACACGCAUACCAUCGUGCGGUGCGUUAGGGCGAGCAACAGUCAAGCACGUGGGACGCGUUCUUUUCCAAGUCGCCAAGCAACACAUCCACGCCCCUUCUUCCAUGAAAAUGUGGGAAGGUCAGCCUGGGGGCUUGCCAUCCACGAGCAAUCUCGCCUGGUUGCCGCCAGUUCAAACUCCCACGACGUUACCGUUUUUGCAUUCGCUCUGAGGGGCCAGAACCGGGACACGGCCGAACAAUCAUCUGGGAGGGACAGCUCACCACUCCUUGCGAAUGGCCAGACGGCGAUUCAACUGCAGAAACAUUUCGAAUCGAGGACUCGAACAUGGAGAAUUGUCCUGCCGCUUGGCAAGAACGGUAACAACGUUCCCAACAUCUCCUUUGUCGAUGACGAACGCGGAAAUGCAGACAAAGUUGCCGCUAUUGAUAUUGGUGGAUCCGUGUGGCUCCUCGACAUAUGGAAUAUUGGCACACACCCCAUCCGGUGGCCGGACCCUUUCUUCCCUAGGGAGUCGCACGCACGAGGUUGGGGCAUCUUGGUGCUCCCCUACAGUUGGUUCCGGCCGACAAAGACGAUCCGGGAAGCGCUUGGUGUUCCUGGCGGCGAGGUAAUCGCUGUCGCGAGACCCGACGCCCCCAACAGGGUCUGGCUGGACACGACCUGUGGUCUUUACUAUGUUAAAGGUCUUUCCACCAACCUGGAUAGUUUGCUUCGGCAGCGUCACGCUCGUCUUGACUAUGCCCGAACGCAUUCUUCAAAGUUAGAAUGGCAAGAGGACGACCUUUCAGACUCUGAGGAUAGCGAGAGCGAUUCGGGAACAGACGAGAGCGAGCACACGCCCAACCCGCCGGGAACAACGAAUGAAAUCCUGAUGUACCCCGGUGCCGCUUGCUCGGUGUCACAGAGGUGGCCGAAUAUCACUCCUUUUUCAGGGAGCGCAGAGAGUGGCUUCCACGACACUGCCAGCGACGUACAGCUGGGCCAGUGUAUCAUACCGACAUUUGGCGAGACACCAUACCUCCGAGAUAAUCUCGUUGAUUAUAUGUCCUUCAAUAGGCUAUUUGCCGACCGGCAACGGAGAACUAGGCACGUCGAGGCUCCCAACGCCUUCUUGCCAGACCAUCUCGUCAAGGAUUACUGCAUUCUCCGCACCAACUCCACCGACAUCGAACUCCAGCCCUUCGACAGCGAAGCGCCUUGUAUUGAGUGCAAAAUGUUACUCACUCACCGGGGUCAGGGUGACUUAAACAGCCCAUGGGACCUACACCCGGCGUAUUCAGAGCGACUUAGCAUGUUCAUCCCUGUCCCAGAGCUUAAUUUGGUUGUUGUUGGCUCACCUACUGGGUCCGUCGCGCUCAUAACUUUGACCAAGGCAUCGAAACGGCUUCACCUGACCAAGGUCAGGUACGGGUUCCGGGUGGAAUGUGUUCUACCGCGCAAGCAGGACGAAGCAAAGAAUAUGCGGCCUGACUGCACCCUGAUCGGCGUAGCCGUGUCUCCGGUACCACACAGGCCGGGGAGAGGGUUAGUUCUGCGCCCUAAACACAAAAUGGGAUCGGAUGGCGAAGUCGUUUAUCGACUGAUGAUGCAUUAUAAGGAUCACACGAUCCUUAUGUACGAUAUUGCGAGGGGUAGAGAGGAUGAUGAUGCCUUGAUGAUUUUCUAG